AUGGCCGAUAAUUCAGAUUUGGAAUCCUAUUUGGAUGAACUGGAAAAACAUAUCGAAGAAGAUAUUGCCACAACCAUUUAUUCGGAGGUCGUCAACGAAGAGGAGGAAGAUGCGCCGGAAAAAGCCGAAUCCAAUGAUAACGCCGAGGAUGAAGACGAUGCAUUGGAUGAUGCCGAACUAGAAGAUGGUACCAUAUUUAUGGAUGAAGAAGGCAAUUACUAUUAUCAAAGUGGUAAAAAGGCAGUACAAGUAAAACCGGUGAAGAAGGAUAAAUCAAUUGUAAAAACAGUGGCUGCCGUGUUGGGAAAGCGAAAGCAAUCUACUUCACCGCCACGACCAGCUAAAAAGGAAAAACUUAACACCAGUAAGAGCAAUACCAAACCGUCGUCUAGUCCAACGAAAGCAACAAGAACUAGUGCUAGAACAACUAACAAAGCCACAGGUGGUGGUGGCAAUAAUUCAAUAUUGAAAUAUUUUGAUGCGCAAAGCAAACCCAAAGAAACGAGCACUGAGAAAGCAAAGAGUCCUGAAAAACCUUCUCCAAGUAAAAAACAAGUCACCAAUGUAAAAUUGGAAAAAUCAACCGCAAAUACAACACAAAAACGUGCUACCCGUGGUAGAGCAGCUAAAACCAACAUCAAAACUGAACCUGAUGAUACACUGAAAAGCGAAACUACAAUCACCACUGAUGCCAAUACAACAACAUCCACGGCCAUAGAUCAAACCAUAGCCUCAGAAGCUGAACCCACUGAAGAGGUUUAUGAUUUCGAUGAAACGGAAAGAACUGUUGAUGGUGUCGAUGAUACCAUCGAUGAGAGUAAAGAGGAAGGUGUUGUCAAAAACGAAGUCAUACUCAAACCUCUGAAUGUAACAGCAGACGCUGAGGGUCAAUUUAAAUGUCAAAUUUGUGAUUAUAGCACAAAUAAGAAAUUCCUUUUGACACGACAUUUUAAAACACAUUCCGAUGAUAGACCCUAUAAAUGUUCGGUGUGUGAAAGAGGUUUCAAAACCCACACCUCCCUUAUGAAUCACAUUAAUACUCAUUUGGGAAAUAAACCUCAUAAAUGUGGUGAUUGUGAUAUGACCUUCACCACAUCGGGUGAAUUGACAAGGCACAGACGUUAUCGCCAUACCGGAGUAAAGCCACACAAAUGUACGGAAUGUGACUACAGCAGUGUAGAGUUGAGUAAAUUGCGUCGUCACAUACGUUGUCAUACUGGUGAAAGACCAUAUCAAUGUCCCCACUGCACCUAUGCAUCUCCGGAUACAUUUAAAUUGAAACGUCAUAUGCGUACGCAUACGGGUGAAAAGCCAUAUGAAUGUGAUAUCUGUCAUGCCCGAUUUACACAAUCAAAUUCAUUGAAAUAUCAUCGUUUGAUCCAUUCGGUUAAUGAUAAACCGGUAUUCCAGUGUAACCUAUGUCCCACCACAUGUGGCCGUAAAACCGAUUUACGUUUGCAUAUACAAAAAUUACAUAAUUCAGAUACACCAAUACCGUGUAAACGUUGUGGUAAGGAGCUGCCGGAUCGUUAUCAAUAUAAGAUGCAUGUUAAGACACACGAGGGGGAGAAAUGUUUUCGCUGUACAUAUUGUCCAUUUGCCUCGAUAUCACAACGUCAUCUGGACACCCACAUGCUUAUACACACCGAUUCGAAACCCUUUGUCUGUGAAUUGUGUCAGCAAUGUUUCCGUCAGAAGCAGUUACUCAGUCGUCAUAUGAAAGUCUAUCAUACGGCCAAUUAUGAACCUCCAAAGCCACUGAAGAAGUCCCAUGUCUGUCCGCAUUGUCAACGUGCGUUUGCCUUUAAGGGAAAUCUUAUGCGGCAUAUGGAAACUCAUGAUCCCAAUUCGAAAAUAAAUGAAGAAAAGCUACGUUUGAAAUUGGGCCGAUUAAGACGUGUCCAGCCAGAUGAUUAUGAACCCGAACCCGAGGAGGAAGAGGAGGAGUUGGAAGAAGAAUAUGAUGAAGAUUAUCAGGAGCUAGAAUAUUAUGAGGAGGUCGAUGAAAAACCAUCCGUUGAAAUUAAGACAGAAAAAUACGAAUCAAAUCAAAUUAUUGCCACCAAAACCAUUCAUCUUCCAUCUGAAUUUAAUGUAAAAAUGGAAAAGAAUUCAGCGGAUUCUAUGCCGGCGACAAACGAAGAUGAGGAUUAUAUGAUAAUUGAGGUAAUGCAGGAUGGUGAGGAAGCAGAUGGUGAAGUGGAGCAAGAAGAGUUUUUACAAAACUCUCCACAAAAGCUACCAAAGAUUACCGAAACAAGGACAAUCAAAUCAAAUACGUCCGCCUUAAAGGCCAUUACAGAAGAUUGUUUUGGGUUUGAUGAUGACGCUGAGGCUGACGAUGAACCGGCAAAUCCUGACCAUGACGACGCUCAUGAAUUAAUACAAAUGCUUCAGGAAUAA